AUGGGUAAAAGAAAGAAGGCCACUAGAAAGCCACAAAGGAGGCUUGCUCUCAAACUAGACACGAAGUUUAACUGUCUUUUCUGCAACCAUGAUAAAUCAGUAAACUGUACAUUGGAUAAAAAGAACAGUAUAGGAUCACUGCAGUGUAAGAUAUGCGGACAGUCGUUUCAAACACGUAUCAAUGGUCUUUCACAGCCGGUUGAUGUUUACAGCGAUUGGUUUGAUGCCGUAGAAGAAGUUAAUACUGGUCGUGGCAGUGAAAGUGAAGAAGAUGAAGAUAGUGAUAGUGAUUAUGAGAGCGAUUCUGACGAGGAGAAACCAACAAGAGGUGCUACUGCCGGUGCAGGGAAAGGAGAUAUAAUAGAUAGUGAUGAAGAAGAAGUAGAGCAAGAUGAAGAAGACGACGACGAUGAUGAAGACGAAAGAAUUGCACAUAAGCGCGGGCGUGGUGCCCUUGUAGACAGUGAUGAUGAAUAA